AUGGCUGAGCGACAGUCGGAUGCUACGGCAGCCUCAUCGGAGGCAGAAGGCCGCCCGGAAGUCUUCCAUCUGGACGUUUCAAAGACUGUUGGAGACAUCCGUGUGGUAUUGAAGGGGCUUUCUCGCAUCCGUAUUUCGACCGUUCAGCCCGAACUGAUGUCAAUAAAGAAGGCUAACACAAUCGAAGAGCUGCUUUCGUUGCUAGAUGAAUCCCACGGGCGACUGAGUAGAUUGGGACUUUUUAAGAGCGUGGUAUCCAACGUGCAACGGGGAAAACGCCCGGGUGACGUUGAUGUUGUUUUCGAGUUCGAGGAGAAAAAAACUUCGUACUCCAUUGGUGUCACAACGAAUCAGAAGGCGGAGGGAAAUGUCGUAAUAACGGGCGAAAUACCGGGAAUCUUCGGUUCCUGCAACUCCGUUUCACUGCAGCUUAACAACACGGGCUACGGCUCACGAAAAAUCGCAGCUUCCUGCUUUAUGCCGCGUAACAUAGGCCUUCCGAAUUUUACAAGCUUAUUCCAGAUAUUUACAUCGCAGAGCAACUUCACCAACUAUUCGUCGUUUUCUACGACUGCCAAUGGGAUGUCGUUCACGUUAUCGGACACGAGCAAACGUCACCAAAUAUCCUGGGAGGGUUCUGUGAACGAUCUUUAUCCCAUAUUUAACGAACGCCGUCGAGCUUCCGAAACCGUGCUUAGGCACGCCGGUCGGUCUUUGAAGAACGCUGUGUCGUAUCAGUACAUUCUCGACUCUCUGAAGGGCGAUGGCAUUCCAAAUGGCGGUCAUUGCACCCAGUUCAAAAUAGAGGCAGGACUUCCCGGCGGGGAUCGGCAGUUCCUAAAGUUUGAUUACAGCAUGCUCUACGCCACCCUAAUACGGCAGAAGUACAUCAUGCACGCGAACCUUUCCAUGGGAUACAUGAGACCAUUCGGCACUUUGUUGAGUGGUACUAGCUUGCUGGACCGUUUCCAUUUCACCGGCAACGGAGGGGCUGGCACCGCUUUCCGCGGUUUUGGAUUCCGUGGCAUAGGACCGUGCGAUCACGGUUCAAUUUACAGCAGCGAGAAAAAGGAGUGGCAACGCAUACCGGAGUACACAGGAGGUGACUGCUACAGCAAUUUGCAGCUCGCGGUCCAUUGCCCGCUGCAAUACAAGGACUACCGAAUGCCGCUGGCUUUCGGCUUCCUCAACGUAGGCGCACUCACCGACAUAGAAGGGCGCAGGGCGCACGAGAGUGUCUACGGCCACAUGCUCCGUGAGUUGAGAAUGUCAGUUGGAGCGGGGCUUAGCAUGUCUGUGGCACCCGGCUGUUGGUUCGAAGCAUUCGUUGCGCAGCCGCUGCUGAGCUCCCCGACCGACACCGUCAGCCGAAUGCAAAUGGGACUGAGGUUUAAACAUAACAUAAUGUGA